AGGUGAAGUGUAAUUGAAGCAGCAGGAAGCGUAACACAAGGGUUGAUGUGAAGUGUGUGUCGGGGGUUGAUGCUCCAGGAAUUAAACUCAGGAACUGUGAUGAGAAAGUGGUCUGAGCAAACACUCCAGCCAGAGGUGACGAUCUCUCUUAACUCUGCUUGCCCCUGUUUUUCAUUAUGUUUUCCACAAUGUGAGAGUAUUUAAAAUAUUCCAUUUCACAGAUGCAUGAUUGUACCCAGAUGCCUUUAACUCAUGAAACUGGUAGGAGGUUUAACUUAACAACUUUUUCAGAGUUUGUCAAAUAUGCCUAACAUGUUGUAGUGUCUAUGACCUCAGUUAAUCACUUGGUUAUUUUCAUCAAUCAAUGUGUUUCUUUUUCUGAGCCACCGGGGCUAUUGUUUGGCCUUUUCCAUUUUUAAUGCAAUCCCAGAUAGCCAGAGGCACAUUAUUAUUACUCACACACACACCUAUCCCCGGCCCCAGUUUAAACUUGAGAAGGAACAGCAUUUGUGUGUGUGUGUGCGUGUGAUCUCAGACUAUGGUAUCAGAUUGCUGAUCGGACACCACUGAGUGUUUAUAUAAGGUUCGUAAUAAAUAAUGCACGUAUAGUUUUUCUUAGUAUGAUUGAAUGUGAAGCCAUGGAAAGUGUGUGUGACCACAGAGCGGAUAUAAAACACCUUCAAAAUCUUUGGCUGUCGUGAUCUUGCUUUUUUUGGAACCAGCAGUGGCGCAAGUCGGUGGAGCUAAGGAAAGUCAGACGCCAAAUAACACCACCAUGAUGUUCAAAUGAUCUUUCAUGAGAUAAUAAUAAAUGAACGGCUGCUAUCAGAGAUGACGUCUCUGCUUUCAACUACAUCAAAAAGAAAGGAACUGGAAUAGAAAUUCUACAUGAGGGCCGACAUUCAUGAAAAAGAUGAGACCGCCGCCCAUUCAGCAUAAUCACUUAGUGUGCGCUUUGAGUGAAAUAUGGUAAAAGGUUUUCUUCAUCUUCCCGCAGAUGGGUCUGUCUUCCAAUAAGUUAAUGCGGUCAUUCUGUGGAUAUAUGAGCAGAGGAGAGCCGAAAGUGACCGCCGCAAAUGUUGCCCGCUGUCACUCAAACCGAGCCCGACCAAUCAGAGCGCGCCUAAGCUCCUCCCUCCCUCCCCCCUCCUCCCUGCGGAGGCUCUGCAGAGAGGAGGAGAGAUCUCCUUCUUUCUGCUGGCCUCUCUCAGUCCAUCGGAACCUCUCUGAGUGUCAGCCCGGCUCUACAAUGGAGAGAGGGGCAAUGCUGGCGGUGUGUGUGCUGUGCUGGAGCGGCACGGUGUGUGUGGUGACAGCCAUCCAGAGGACUGACAUGUUCCCGUACGGCUCUCUGAGCGGAGACCAGAUUCUGGCAGAGGGCGACGAUGAAACCUCCAGAGUGCUGUCCCUGCCCAGACCCGUGUACUUCUACGACUCCCUGUUCUCACAGCUAUAUGUGGCUACCAACGGUAUCAUAUCCGGCCAGGACCUGCCGAUGGAAAAGCAGUACGUUGACGACGGCUUGCCAACGGAUUUCCCUGUGGUGGCUCCCUUUCUGGCUGACAUCGACACCAGCGGAGGGCGAGGGCAGAUCUACUACCGCGUGACGGAAACGCCCAGUGUACUCAACAGAGUGGCCCAGGAGGUACAUCGAGGGUUCCCAGAUGCUAAAUUCACGCCCACACACGCUGUGGUCGCAACAUGGGAGAACGUAGCCGCGUACGAAGAGCCAACCCGAACCAAUGGACCUUCAAACAAGGUCAAUACCUUCCAGGCAGUUAUCGGUUAUGAUGAGAGCGAUUCAUAUGUUCUGUUCUUGUACCCUGAAGGUGGCCUGAACUUCUUCGCCACACGCCCCAAGGAGUCGUAUAAUGUUGAAAUAGAGCUUCCAGCUAGAGUUGGCUUCAGCAGAGGAGAAGUCACAUACCUGAUCUUCUCCCGAACUGAAGGACCUUACUACAGUGCUACAAGUGAUGAGCAGAGUGUUAAAAACCUCUACCAGGUUGGUAACACAGGAAUCCCAGGUGUCUGGCUUUUCCAUACUGGGAACCGUUACUCAUUUGACAACAUUGUUCCUGCAUCCAUUGGUGGCCAGCUAAACACUCCCCCAACUGGGGGACACGGCCUCUCCCUGGACACCACCACACCCGAGUACGAGUUUGACGAAUAUGAAGACGCUGAUAACCAGGAGGAGGAAGAUGAUUACCCUCAUACUGGUGGGGACCCUGAGUUCCAGCCAGCCACUGCUGGUGGUGACCACUCAGAGUCCCAUCAACCAGCAGGUCCUGAUGCUCCCUCCUCUCCUUCAGAGGAUUCUGGUCAUCAAGUGUCUAACGGCAGUGAAGAUGUCCCAUUGACCUCUGAACCAAGGUACAAUCCAGAGCCCUCAGAGAGACAGUAUGCCCCGCAUAAUCCUUCAGAAAGAGGGCCAGAGAGAGGUGCUGAGCGGACUCAGGAACAGCAGCCACAGCUUCCUCUGGAGGUGGUGGAUGUCUACCCCCCUCACAGAAAUGAACCCAAUCUUUCCCCUGGAGGUCACGUGGUCAGCGUGGAUGAAGACGACCUUGAUUUUGACACAGGAGUGAUUCAGUACACCACAGAGAAUAAGGAAACAUGUGCGAGAUUCCAACAGCAGUGCUCCCAGAAUGCAUUUUGCUCAGACUACGCCACAGGCUUCUGCUGUCACUGCCGCCCUGGCUUCUAUGGAAACGGUCGCCACUGUCUACCCGAAGGGGCUCCUCAGCGUGUUAGUGGUAAGGUGAGCGGAUCAGUGACCGUGGGUUCCACUCCAGUGGACAUAAACAACAUCGAUCUUCACGCCUACAUCGUGGUGGGAGACGGCAGAGCGUACACGGCCAUCAGUGAGGUACCCGAGCCAGUGGGGUGGGCUCUGAUGCCGCUUGCACCAAUAGGAGAGCUGUUUGGAUGGCUAUUCGCUCUGGAGCUGCCCAAAAGCCAAGCAGGGUUCAAAAUCACAGGUGCGGAGUUCACUCGUCGCGCAGAGGUGAUCUUCUAUCCCGGCAACCAGCGCCUGUCGAUCAUCCAGACGGGACGCGGCCUUGAUGACCACAACCACCUCACCGUGGAUACCGUGCUCAGCGGCAACGUGCCCUUCCUGCCCCCUGGAUCUGAAGUAACCAUGGAUCCCUUCAAGGAGACCUACCAGUACUACCCAUCUGUCGUCACCUCCACCUCUGUGAGGGAGUUUUCUGUCGUUUCGGCGGAAAAGGGCUCCGAGUCCUUCUCCUUCCAGCUGAAGCAAAACAUCACCUACCGCGACUGUCGCCACGACAACCGCGCCGCCGUCCCGGAGACGCUGCAGAUCACCAUGGAGAGGGUGUUUGUGAUGUACGUCAAAGACGAGAGGAUCCUGAGAUACGCCAUCACCAACAAGAUCAGCCCGGUCGGAGUGGAGCCAGCGGGGCCGGACCAGGUGAACCCCUGCUACUCUGGGAGCCAUGACUGCGACACCACGGCCCAGUGCCUCCCACAGGGGGGCCAGGACUUCCAGUGCAAGUGCGCUACCGGUUACAGAGGGGACGGACGCAACUGCUACGACAUAGAUGAGUGUUCUGAGGGCCUGAACUCAUGUGGGGCUCAUGCUCAGUGCAUGAACCUGGCCGGGAGCCACCGCUGUCAGUGCCAGAGCGGCUACGAGUUCGGCUUCGACGGGCGUACCUGUGUCGAUAUCGAUGAAUGCAGCUCCUCUCCCUGUCAUGUCACUGCCAGAUGUAUCAAUGGACUAGGUUCCUUCCAGUGUCAGUGCCAGCCCGGGCUUCAUGGGGACGGUUUCCACUGUUCCCAGCAGGAAGGAGAGACAGGUCGCCCGAGGAGCCAGUGUGAGCAGCACAGAGACAGCCUGCAGAGCGGAGGAGAAGCAGGAAGACCCAGUCUGGGAGCCUUCAUCCCUCAGUGCGACUCAGACGGACGCUACAGAUCUCUGCAGUGUCACGGCUCCACUGGACAUUGUUGGUGUGUGGACAGCAGGGGACAGGAGAGAACAGGAACCAGGACUCUACCUGGUACAGCUCCCUAUGAAUGUGACAGACCAGAUGAGCCGGAGCGUCCUAAGACUCAGUGUCAGCACCACAGAGACAGUGUCCAGACCACCAGUCCAGAGGGAUAUCCCAUAAUUGGAGCCUAUGUUCCUCAGUGUGACGAUAAUGGACAGUACACAUCACUUCAGUGCCAUGGUUCCACUGGACAUUGUUGGUGUGUGGACGUUAAUGGUCAGGAGAGAGCCGGAACCAGGACCUCACCUGGCUCCUCACCCACAGACUGCGGCAGACCAGAUGAGCCGGAGCGUCCCAAGACUCACUGUGAGCACCAUAGAGACAGUGUGCAGACCAGCAGUCCAGAGGGAUACCCUGUAGUUGGAGCCUACGUACCUCAGUGUGACGAUAACGGACAGUACACACCCUCACAGUGUCACGGCUCUACUGGACAUUGUUGGUGUGUGGAUAAUAGAGGGCAGGAGAGAGCAGGAACCAGGACUUCCCCUGGAGCACAACCUAAAGACUGUGACAGACCAGAUGAGCCGGAGCGUCCUAACACUCACUGUGAGCACCACAGAGACAGUGUGCAGACCACCAGUCCAGAGGGAUACCCUGUAGUUGGAGCCUACGUACCUCAGUGUGACGAUAGCGGACAGUACAUAUCACUGCAGUGUCACGGCUCUACGGGACAUUGCUGGUGUGUGGACAGCAGGGGACAGGAAAGAGCAGGAACCAGGACUUCACCUGGUGCACCGCCCACAGACUGUGCCAAACCAGAUGAGCCGGAGCAUCCUAAGACUCACUGUGAGCACCACAGAGACAGUGUGCAGACCACCAGUCCAGAGGGAUACCCUGUAGUUGGAGCUUACGUACCUCAGUGUGACGAUAACGGACAGUACACAUCCUCACAGUGUCACGGUUCCUCUGGACAUUGUUGGUGUGUGGACGAAAGGGGGCAGGAGAGAGCCGGAACCAGGACUCCAGCUGGUGCUCCACGUAGAGACUGUGACAGACCAGAUGAAGCAGAGCGUCCUAAGACCUACUGUGAGCAGCACAGAGACAGUGUUCAAACACACAGCCCAGAGGGAUACCCUCUUCUAGGAGUGUUUGUCCCUCAGUGUGACUUGAGCGGACAGUACAUAUCUCAGCAGUGUCACGAUUCUACUGGAUACUGCUGGUGUGUGGACGGUAGGGGCCAGGAGAAAGAAGGGACCAGGACGUCACAUGAUGCACAACGUGUCGACUGUGACAGACCAGAUGAACCGCAGCGUCCCAAGACUCACUGUGAGCACCACAGAGACAGUGUGCAGACCACCAGUCCAGAGGGAUACCCUAUAGUUGGAGCCUACGUACCUCAGUGUGACGAUAACGGACAGUACACAUCCCAGCAGUGUCAUGGCUCUACUGGACAUUGUUGGUGUGUGGAUAAUAGGGGGCAGGAGAGAGCAGGAACCAGGACUUCUCCUGGAGCACAACCUAAAGACUGUGACAGACCAGAUGAGCCGGAGCAUCCUAAGACUCACUGUGAGCACCACAGAGACAGUGUGCAGACCACCAGUCCAGAGGGAUACCCUGUAGUUGGAGCUUACGUACCUCAGUGUGACGAUAACGGACAGUACACAUCCUCACAGUGUCACGGUUCCUCUGGACAUUGUUGGUGUGUGGACGAAAGGGGGCAGGAGAGAGCCGGAACCAGGACUCCAGCUGAUGCUCCACGUAGAGACUGUGACAGACCAGAUGAACCGCAGCGUCCCAAGACUCACUGUGAGCACCACAGAGACAGUGUGCAGACUACCAGUCCAGAGGGAUUCCCUGUAGUUGGAGCCUACGUACCUCAGUGUGACGAUAAUGGACAGUACACAUCCUCACAGUGUCACGGCUCUACCGGACAUUGUUGGUGUGUGGAUAAUAGGGGACAGGAGAGAGCAGGAACCAGGACUUCACCUGGAGCACAACCUAAGGACUGUGACAGACCAGAUGAACCAGAGCGUCCUAAGACUCACUGUGAGCACCAGAGAGAGAGAGCCCAGUCUAACAUUCAAGAGGGAUAUCCUAUAGUCGGAGCUCAUGUGCCUCAGUGCGAUGCUGGUGGACAGUACCGACGACUGCAGUGCCAUGCUUCCACUGGAAACUGUUGGUGUGUGGACAGUACGGGACAGGAGAGAGCAGGAACCAGGACUCCAGCUGGUACACAACCUAGAGACUGUGACAGACCUGGCCCCGUGGCUCCGACCCAGCGCCUCGAGAGUGUGUGUGAGCGAUGGAGGACCAGUCUGAUCGAGCACUACGGCGGGAAACCAGAAGCACAACAAUACGUGCCUCAGUGCGAGCUGGACGGUCAAUUCAGUCCAGUCCAGUGUUACGGAGAGACCACGUACUGCUGGUGUGUGGACCAGGACGGACGAGAGGUUCCUGGAACCCGAUCACAUGACGUUGUCAAACCUGCAUGCCUUCCAUCAGUGGCCCCGCCCACCGUGCGCCCUCUGCCCCGCCCAGAUGUGACGCCUCCGACCAACACUGACAUCACACUGCUGUACGCUCAGGGACAGAAGAUAGGAGCGCUGCCUCUCAACGGGACCAGACUGGAUGGAUCCCGCUCCAAAACACUACUGACUCUGCAUGGUUCCAUAGUUGUCGGCUUAGCCUACGACUGCAAAGACAACCAGGUCUAUUGGACAGAUUUGUCUGCAAGGACAAUCAACAGAGCAUCGAUGGCGGCCGGUGCCGAGCCAGAGAUCCUCAUUAACGGGAAUCUGGUCAGUCCCGAGGGUUUGGCUGUGGAUGAAAAGCGCAGGUUGAUGUUCUGGGUCGACUCCAACCCCGACAUGAUCGAGAGCGCCAACCUGGACGGCAGCGGGAGGCGGACGCUGUUUGACUCCGACCUGGUCAACCCUCGAGCCAUCAUAGUGGUCUCUUCCACCGGCACUCUGUAUUGGACCGACUGGAACCGGGAGGCUCCCAAGAUCGAGAGUGCGUCAGUGGACGGACAGAACCGCAAGGUGGUGGUGUCUGACGGCAUCGGUUUGCCCAACGCUCUCACGUACGACUCCUCUUCUGCUCAGGUCUGCUGGGCCGAUGCAGGUACGAAGCGGUUAGAGUGUGUGUCCCCCGAUGGCUCCAACCGGAGAGUGGUCCACCCCAGCCUCAACUACCCGUUCAGCAUGGUGUACUACAGGAACCACUUCUACUACACUGACUGGAGGAGGGACGGCGUGAUCGCAGUGAACAAAGACAGCAGUCAGAUAACGGACGAGUUCCUGCCCGACCAGCGCUCUCACCUGUACGGCAUCGCUAUAGCAACCACCCACUGUCUCUCAGGGAGCCACUAACGACAGAGCGGCAGCUGCAGGGUCCUCUGGUGCUAAAGUUCGGGGCCCGCUCCCGAUCAGAGGGUAGGACCACCUGAAGAAGUGUCUCUAGUGUUCCUCCGAAGAAAAAGGGAUGGUGGCUGCCAGAUAGACGGUCAGCAAAUUAACAUCCCCUCCACUCCCCCUGACCCCGAGCCCAUUAUCUCACCUUAAAGAUAUAACCCCCAAAUAAAUGUUUUGUAAAUUUGUUUUAUACCUCAUUUUUAGUUUGUCUUUUUUACUGUAUGUUUGUACGCCAGCUGUGUUUCUUUCCAUUAAAGCUACAGAACAAUGAAAUCAGAUGUUGAAAUGUAAGAGAGAAGGUUUUCUGCUCCGAUGAAACGUUGAUACCACUCUCCUUUUCAAGUUCCCUUACCUUUGAGUGACUGAAAAGUGUUUUUGUAAUCAGAUUACUGUAGUCAGAUUGUAAUGUUUCCCUCAGAUCACAGCAGUCCUCAUCUUUCUGCACGAAUCAUCUGUAUUUCACACACCAUGAAAAGACAUUACAUUCUUUUUUUGCCAAAUAUUUUUACUACUACUACUUUUUAAAUCUUUAUCUUUUUAUAAGAUGUGAUAUUUAUAACAAUAAAAUGUGAUUUGGUACUUGA